AUGAGUGGCAGAUACAGUCUCGCAGAACUCGCACAGACUCUCAUCGAACACGGUCCUCGCAAAGCUCUCGAAACAUCCCGCAGGAUCCGGGCUAUCCAUAAUCACAUCACCGUCGUCGAUACUACAAAGGCCGUGUUUGUCUGGGAACACGAUAACUUUCCCACAAUCUACGUGCCGUCGGUGGAUAUCAGGAACGGGAAAUUGGCCGACAAGCAGAACAUCUCGGUUGAGCUCAAGGAGCGCGCAGCAAUCUCUCAACUCAUUGUACCAGCUCAUGAUGUCCUCGAAGAGAAGAGAGUAGAUGGAGUUUUGAGGUUCUUUCAAGAUGUGACUCUUGGGCCGCUGUCCGGUCUGGUACGAAUCGACUUUCGUAGCAUAGACCAAUGGCUUGAGGAAGACGAGCCCAUUUUUGUACACGCAAAGGACCCCUUCAAGCGUGUUGACAUCCUACGUUCUGAGCGCCCUAUCGAGGUAAAGGUUGGUGGCAAAACCGUCGCCAAGACGGAAUCAUCGAUGCAUCUCCUUGAGACAAGUCUACCGACCCGUUAUUACUUGCCCCUUGGGUCAGUCGACCAAACUGUUCUCAGAAAAAGUGAUCUGAAGACUAAGUGUCCUUACAAAGGCGAGGCUGAAUACUAUCACGUCGUGGUAGAUGGAAAGACUCAUGAGAAUUUGGUCUGGUAUUAUAAUCAUCCGACGCAUGAGAGCGGGGCUAUUGCGAAACUGCUGUGUUUUUAUAAUGAAAAGGUUGAUAUUAUCCUGGAUGGGGAAUUGCAGGAACGCCCCAAGACGAAGUUUGCUUGA